AUGGCAGAAUUAUUAAUAGCCACCUGGGAGCGCCUCAGCAAUGUCCCCACUCACCUCGCCCACUCUGUCGACAACAUGACUUUAAAGAACUGGAUCCGCCUCAUCGCAUGCGUUGGAGCCUACUUGCUCGUCCGCCCCUACCUCAUCAAGCUCUCUGCGCGACAACAAGAGAAGCAAUUCGAGAAAAUCGAUGCGGAGACUACUGCUUCAUUCGCAAAGCUCCAACCGAAUGCGUUGAGGGAUAGCAGGGGCUCGAAAGUUGAGAUACCGGAUAGUGAGAGUGAGGGAGAGGCAGAUGGAGCGCCACAGUGGGGGAAGAAGGCAAAGGUUAGGCAAAGGAAGGUGGUCAAGAAGAUUCAGGAGGCGAUUGAGGAGAAGGGACGGGAGGACGAUGAUAGUAAUAGUAUUUUGGACCGGUUUGUGGAUUACGAGGAGGGGGUUGAUGGGUGGUAG